AUGGGAGUAGCACUUGCUCUAGACGAGAAUGGCAAUAUGGCACUUCAUCAUGCUUGUGAAAAUGACUUACAUUCACAGGAUUUGCAGGUGAAAGCUUCUCCUCCCAUUCAAACUACACUGCCUAUAAACAAUGAUCCAGCCAUUAUUCAGUCUCACUAUCCUCAUCCAGCCACCACAUCAACAAGCUUGCCCACAGCUCCUGGUGGGUCUCUUACAGAUCUUGGUUCCCAUUCUGCACAUAUGGGACAUCCUGGGUCGGCUCUUCAAAGUGGUCUCCCUAUAUAUCAAUCGGGAGGGAAUUUGAACUCUUGGGGCCCUUCUCCUCCAAAUGUGAAUGGUAGUGGGCUAGCUAUGCCCUUGUAUUGGCAGGGGUUCUACGGUGCACCAAAUGGUAUGCCUCAACUGCCCCCGCAAUCCUUGCUUCGACCACCUACGGGGCUGUCAAUGCCUCCUCCCGCCAUGCAACAGAUGCAAUAUUCUGGGAUCAACACAUCUUUACAGACAGGAGCAUCAAGCAUACCAGGAUCUAAUUUACAAGAUUAUAAUUCUACAUUGGUUCCCAACAGCUCUAGUUCUGCUAAUGUUACCACCAAUUCUUUGCCUUUUAGUGUUCCUUCACUGCAGCCCGUAUCACUGGCAUCUGAAACAAUAACAAACCUCUUACCAAAUAAAGCUCCUCCAUCUGCCAUCCCUACAUUAACACCAAGUUCUAAUUUGCCAUCUUCGGCUAAUCUGCCUACAUCAAUUCCUGACAAUGCUGGUGCACCUUCAGUUGCUAGCAAUCCUGCUAAAUAUGGCUCAACACUCUUACCACCACAUACCAUUUCUCAUCUUGCAACAUCUGUUUCUGGGUCAUCUAGCCUAGGUCUUGUAGAAAUGUCCACACCGUCACUUGUAACCCCAGGACAGCUAUUGCAGUCUGGACCACCUCCGUUGUCUUCAAGUCAGUCUUUGCAAACAGCUCAAAAGGAUGUGGAAGUAGUUCAAGUGUCACCUAAGCAAUUAUCAGAACAGCCAGUCCGGGUACCAACUGAAUCUCAACCGCCAAUAUUACCUUUACCACCGAGCACGAGAGCCCAUAAGGUUUCCAUUCUCUUCUUUGCACGUGCACAUACAGGCACUCAAAACACUUAUUUGUGCUUUGUUCAUGUAUUCAGGUUCGAUCAUUGUAUUGAAUGUGAUGAAGACAGUAUCUUUUGUCUAGAAUUUGAGUAGAUUAUAGGAGUUUUGUGAGGUUAACGGAUAUGGUGAACAACAUGCGAAGAAUUUAAGUGAUUAAAGUGAAAAGAAUAAGCAUCCGAAUUGCACCACCAGAGCAUCCAAGUCUGAUUGAAAUUCCAAUUUUGACGCCCUUGAUAAUAUAAAAUCUAGUUAGGAUUCAAGUGAAAACUAGCUCUUCCAAAUCUAGUUCAUUGUAUUAUUUGGUUGGUUGAUUAAGCGGAUAAGGCCUCCUAUUCAAGUGCUUAAUAUUGGCAUCACUGGUCACACGAGUGAUUGCUAUUUUUUUUCCCCUUUCAUAUUAGUACAGUAACUUGUUUACA